GAUAAUGCUGACCUCCAGAAGCUAUGCCUUUCCUGGGGCCAUGAAGAUAUGACAGAGAACAAGAGAGAUGCAGAGGUGUUGGAGAACCUUAUUCCUCCUCGGACUCUAGAAGGAUUCGCACUAAGAGGUUACAUGGGCACAAACUUCCCUAAAUGGAUGCUUGAGAUCUCCUCCUAUCUUCCGUAUCUCACCAGUAUCAAACUCAUGAAUUUAGCAUGUGAUGCUGUUCCUCCACUUGGGAUGCUGCCCAAUCUCAGGCUGUUGCUUAUCAUCCUAAUUCCCAACAUCAGGAAGAUCGGAAAGGAAUUCUAUGGAGAGAAAGGAGCAUGCAAAAGGUUGCGAGUUAUUCAAUUAUAUGGAUUGAAGAACUUGGAGGAGUGCUGGACAACACGGUCAGGUGAAGAAGGUGAUGAUUUCUUAAUCCCUAAUUUGCACAUGUUGGAUGUAUGGGACUGCCCAAAGUUGAAGUUCCUGCCGUAUCCCCCCAAAAGUAUGUAUUGGGACUUGACCUACGGCGAUGAGGUGCUACCACCAAUGCAUGGGUUUGGGAGGCUUUCAUCUUCCACUCUUCAUUUUGAAGCCAUAAUCAGAAGCAAAAGUUUUACUACUGACAAGUGGGAUCGACUUCAGCCCCUUGCCACCCUCGAGGAAUUGAGUGUCACUGGUUUCCACAGCUCAUUAGCCUCCUUCCCAGAGGCCACUCCAUGUUUCCCCUCUCUCAGAAGACUACAUUUGAUGCUACCCAGCCUGGAGAUACUGCCGGAAUGGCUGGGGUAGCUCAUUACCCUUGAAAAAAUAAUCAUCAGGGGCUCGCCCAACCUAACAUCUUUGCCUCAAAGCAUACGGAACCUUACCGCCUUGAAGAGACUGGAAAUUGGGAGCUGUCCAAGACUGGUUGAGAGGUGCAAGGGGGAGGAUGCCCACAAGAUUUCUCACAUCCCAGAAGUAGAGUUGGUUGGCACAAGAUUCGUGCAGGGACAACCUGUCAGAGAAUAAGAGAGGUAGAGUGCAAGAUCUAGCAAGACCAUACUGAUGAACCUUUGGAAGCCAUGCUAGCUAAGCGGUGGAUGAGGAGAGGCACGGAGGAGGUUGACCGAAGCACAGUGGUUACCUAUCGGCGGAGGCAAAGGCGGCCAUCACGAGUGAGCAAGGAGGCGGAGGAGGAUGUGGUGUCAGGCUGUCAGCGGACUGGAGGAUGUGGAGGGGAUGGACAUGGAAUAUUUGCUGAAACUGGAUGGUGUGCUUCUGGGCAAAUGUAACAACACUGAUAAUGUACAAAUGUACCUAUAGCUGAUAUCAACACUGAUAAUGUGCUUGUGUCUUGUGAAAUUUAUUACUGGCAAAUGUAAUGGAGGUGUGCUUCUA